UGCAAUUACAAUAUUAUGGAGAGCAAGGAAAGUAGCCUGGAAACAUCCACCCCAAAUGUCUCACCUUCUACUGCAGCAUCUAAUGCAUAUGCGAUAGGUUUAACCCAAUUCCAAGGCUUUUGGAUCCCUUCUUCUCGUGUUCCCACUUCAUCCAUAAUCUCAUUUCAGAAAUAUUUCCAGGCUCUUGAUGAUGAUAUCAUUGUUGCCUCUAAGCCCAAAGCUGGCACCACUUGGCUCAAGGCUUUGGUGUUUACAAUUGUCAACCGUCAUUCUUAUACGCUCUCAAAUACCCCUUUGAACUCUGCAAAUCCUCAUCAACUGAUUCCAUUUUUUGAGAUCAAGCUUUAUAGGGAAAACUCUAAUCCUGAUCUCUGUAAAAUCCCAUCCCCAAGGUUGUUUUCUACUCAUCUCCCGUAUCCAAUGCUAGCCGAUUCCAUCAAACAUUCAAAUUGCCGAAUUAUUUAUAUAACCCGUAAUCCGUUUGACAUCGUUGUCUCACUUUGGCACUUUUUUAGAUUUAUGGAUGAUUGGCCAGUGGAAGACUGUUUUGAGAUGUUUUGUAGAGGUGAAGAAGGGUAUGGACCCUUUUGGGACCAUGUUUUGGGGUACUGGAACAUGAGUUUGGAGAAGCCAUCGAAUGUAUUGUUCUUGAGAUAUGAAGAGUUGAAGGAAGAUCCAGUGGCUCAAACAAAGAGAUUGGCUGAAUUCUUAGGAUUUCCUUUCUCCAUAGAAGAAGAGAAAACAGGUGUGGUUAACCAAAUUGUUGAUUUUUGCAGUUUCAACAAUUUGAAAGAUUUGGAGGUCAACAAAACUGGAAAAAUGGCAGAAACAAUAUUACCUAAUAAUAAGUUAUUUUUCAGGAGUGGAAAAGUGGGUGAUUAUGUUAAUUAUCUCACUCCUACUGCUGUGGAACGUUUCAAUAACAUUUUAGAAGAAAAAUUAAGUGGAUCUGGUUUAACAUUCAAGUAAUUUUUUUAGUAAGAUUUGCUCUCAGAACCAAGUUACGGCUUGUUAGUUUACAACAAUUUGUUGCUCUUCCAGAUAUAGUAAAAAACAUUUUGUUAGAAUAUCAUAAUAAAACCUUAGUAUUAUAAUGAAACUAGUGGUUGUAAUCGCAUAGUUGAUGUUUCUUUUCUACCAAAAAAAAUGCCAUGUACAAAGUUUUUCCUUUAUUGUAAAAUGUUGUAUUUUUUUCCUUUUGUUUUAUGUCUACCUUUUGUGUGUUGAUGUGUUCCGCAUCAAGUUACCUUUUUUUCUAAUAAAUUUACGUUUUCAGCA